AUGUCUGGAACGAGUAGUGCUAGUGAGACGAAUGUCGAGAUCAAGGGUAAGCCUGUCAGUGGUCGUGUUUGGAAGGCUGAGAAGCAGCCUUUGAGGGCCAAGAGUCGGGUUGUGAAGAACAAGAAGCUAACCUCUUGGGAAUUGAAAGAGCAAAAGAGACUAGAAGACAAGCAGUUCAAGGAGAAAAUACGUGAGCUCAAGUCUGAGAAAGAAGCUGAAAAGAAGGCAGUCAUCGAGGCUUUGAAGGAGAGACGUGCGAAGAAGGAGGAGCAAGAGAGGUAUAGCAGAUUAGCUGAAAAGAUGCAUGCCAAGAAGGUUGACAGAUUAAGAAGAAGAGAGAAGAGGAACAAGGCUCUUAAGGAGCGUUAA